AUGCUACAAAAAACAUAUAGUUGCCUGCAGCGAGUAAUUUGUUCUAUUUUCAUCGUUCCAACCAGUCCAGUGUUGGUCCAUUCAUGUUAUGUCCACCAUCACAAAGAACGUCACAAUCUGCGACUUUUUCUCGGUAUUCAACGCUCAAACAAGCAUAAAGCCAACCGGAAUACACACAUCAAUGAACGAAAAUUUUCUCGGCUUCGCGCUAAGAAGAAUUUCAAUAUCGAAUUGCCCGAUGACGAUAUAAAAACAAAGAGACAGAAGAUGAGCCCACUGGAUUUGCGACUCAUUUUGUUGAAAAAAGGAAUCAAUCCAUAUAGAGAUGUUACACCCCAGACAUGGAAAGAAUUCCAAGUGACUUUCAACUCUUGUUAUCAAGUAAUGGAUCCUUUUGUUCCGAGAGAAGAAUCUUCACCUAAUGAUCCCUACACUAUUUUUCGUAAAAAUCCGUUGAAACUGUUAGGUUUUCCUUUCCUACUACCUCCAGAAUUUCACGAAAAGAAAGAAUCUUUGGAAUACGCUCUAUUGAGAGCAGAAGAAGGACGAUUCACGGCAUAUCAACAUAAAUAUUUUAACCGCAAACACGGCAUAAAAAGAAUACGUAAAAGAAAAGGAUUUGAAAACUUCAGUAUUAAGACUUUUCCGGCUACUGCUGACGAAAUCUAUGUUGAGGCUCAUAAAGCUUUGAUGACUCGUGAUAAGAUUGCAUUACAAAAAUAUAUAACAGAAACCGCGUUUGGGAAAAUGUGGCCAGACGUGGAAAAUGGUUCAGUAGUAUGGGAAUUAAUGAAACAUAUAGAACUGUCACGCGUUGUAUCUGUUCGUUGUGCUGAUUUCCCACACCAAUCUGGAAAUGAUAUCGCUCAAAUCAUCGUUCGGAUGCAUACAAUGCAGAAAAUUGCGCUUUACGACCGUUUUGGUAGAUUGAUUCUGGGGACAGAACAUGAGGCGAAACCAGUAUUGGAAUAUGUAGUAUUCGAGAAUCACAUUGCUAGCUUUGAUGGUGUUUGGAGGCUACAUGAUAAAGUUUAUCCAGAAUGGAUCAAACCUAAACGGGAUGUGCCUAGACAAACUAAGAUAUCUCAGGAGCAUCUACGAAUCCAGAUCAGACGACCGCUCAAAUUAGGUGGUGGUCGAGAACUGUCGAUAACUGAAGAGAAGCGAUAG